GGAAUCGGUCGAAAUUGAUCCCGAUUUCUAUAAAACGAGAUCGCCCGAAUCCGUGCUAGAUUUAUAGUUACGAUUUCGGUCGAUUCCAUACCGAUUCUGGCCAAUUUGGAAUCGUAAUUCUCUGAGGCCGAUCCGGUUGUCGAUUCCACAUAUUUGAACCUUGGCAUGAUGGGUCUCUGAUGGAAACCCAAAACCCUUGCGAGUUGUCGCUCGCCACUCGGUGUUCGUCAACGCAGCUCUUCAAUUUCUUCAUCGGACAACACAGUGAGGUUAUCGUUUCUACAAGUUCACGCUCUAUUCAUUACUUUGAGAGUUGAUUUCUCAGUCCUGUUGCAGGAUUGUGUUUUGGUUGAUGUUUUCGCGCCUGCCGAAAUCUUGCACAGAAAGGAAAUGACCAGUGUUACUAGUAGUAAUGUUAGUCCUGUUGAUAGUCCACAAGUAGUUGAUGAUGAUGGUCCACAGGUCACUUGUUUCACUGAGGAUCUUCAUGAUGUAACUUUCCAUUUUCAGAUAAUACGGUUAAAGAAACAGAUAUAUGCAUGGAUUGGAUGCAACACUGCCAAAUUUGGGCAUUUAUAUGCAGCUGCACCUACUCGACCUAACAAUACAGUGAGUGUAGCAUCAAUACUUGGAGGAACCUCUGACAACACAGGGUCAAGCAUUGCUCGGCGAUUAGUGUUAAAGACUGGCCUCAGUGUAAUUGUGGCUUGCAACAUUCCCAAGAACAGUCCCAUGCUUGAGGCGGAUGCAGAGAGAAAGUUAAUAGAGAAGCUGAUGGCUCUCGGGUACACGAUACCAAAAUCUCAAGGAUUGGCCCUUGAUAGUUGAGAGUUUCUUUGGCAGACUGACAGUUGAUGAUUGGUGCUAACAUAUUAUGUAUCAUUUAUUUAUGUGAAAAAGAGUAUUUUGCAAUCCAUGGACUGUAUUCUUCAGCUAAAAAAAAAAGGACAAAGAAAAAGAAAAGGACUACUUUUUAAUCCUUA